UGCAAAAGCAGUACCUAGUACAUACACACACUUCAAUCAUUUCCGGACCCGAGCCCUGCAAAGCAGCAGCGAAACGCCAUCAGCGAAACGCCAAAAUGGCAACGCCACCACUCCAACCUCCGGCUCUGAACCCGCUGAGAAGACCCUUAGUCAGAAUGUUCCUCGUCACCGUCAUCUGUACACUCUCCUACUUUCUUGGGUCUUACUCCUACACCAACAGCACCACCUACUCAGCAGCCUCCUUCUCCCCCUCUUCUCUGCUUCAAGACCACCCACCCAACUGCUUACAGCUCAACUUCACGACCCACAACCACUUCUCACCACCCCUGCACUUUGAGCCACACCACACUCUCACUCUCCCCCGAGAACCCCGGCAAAACCUCCAGCUAUUCAGCUUUUGCGCCAAGAACUUCACCGAAUACUGCCCGUGUCAGGACCCUUCAAGAGAGAGGCAAUUCGGCAUUGAAAGACGGUUCCAUAAGGAGCGCCAUUGCCCGGGAAGUCCCGAAAGACUUCGGUGCUUGGUUCCCAGGCCGGCCGGAUACCGGAGGCCCUUUCCGUGGCCAAAGAGUAGAGACUAUGCUUGGUUUAAGAAUGUGCCUUUUCCCGGGUUGACUGAGUACAAGAAAUCACAGAAUUGGGUUCGAUUGCAGGGUGACCGGUUUGUUUUUCCGGGUGGUGGAACUUCGUUUCCCAAGGGAGUGAAGGGUUAUGUUGAUGAGAUAAAACAGGUUGUGCCACUGAAAUCUGGAAAUAUAAGGACAGUUCUUGAUAUUGGAUGUGGGGUUGCAAGCUUUGGAGCCUCUUUGGUGGACUAUAACAUCUUGACGAUGUCAAUCGCCCCACGGGAUAUACAUGAAGCUCAAGUACAGUUUGCCUUGGAAAGAGGACUUCCAGCCAUGCUUGGUGUGCUAAGUACCUACAGAUUACCAUUCCCAUCAAGAACUUUUGAUAUGGCUCACUGUUCCAGAUGCCUUGUACCAUGGACUGGUGAUGAUGGACUAUAUCUGAUGGAGAUGGACCGAAUCUUACGUCCUGGUGGCUAUUGGGUACUGUCUGGGCCACCCAUAAAGUGGAGGGUCAAUUACAAAGGUUGGGAGAGACCAGCUAAGGACUUGGAAAAUGAGCAAACCAGUUUGGAAGAUCUUGCUAGGAGAUUGUGCUGGAAAAAGAUUGCAGAGAGAGGAUCAAUUGCAGUGUGGAGAAAACCCACUAACCAUGUGCACUGCAUACAAAAGUUAAAGGCAUGGAAAUCACUUCAAUUCUGCUCUACGCCUGAUUCUGAUGCUGGUUGGUACACAAAAAUGGAUCCAUGCAUUUCCCCUCUUCCACAAGUGAAAGAUGUCUAUGAUAUAUCUGGCGGUGCUUUAGAAAAAUGGCCUAAACGGUUAAAUGCUGCUCCACCUAGAAUUACAAGUGAAACUAGGGAUGGAAUUACAGUUAGGACCUUCAAUGAAGAUAAUCAGUUAUGGAGGAGGAGAGUUUCAUACUAUGGGAUCAUACUUGAAUCUCUCACCAAUGGUAAAUUUAGGAAUAUAAUGGAUAUGAAUGCUGGCUUUGGGGGGUUUGCAGCUGCACUGGCAAAGUAUCCAGUUUGGGUUAUGAAUGUGAUUCCGUUUGAUGCAAAAAACAAUACCCUUGGCAUUGUCUAUGAGCGUGGCCUAAUCGGAACUUACAUGAACUGGUGUGAGGCCUUCUCAACAUACCCUCGAACAUAUGAUUUGAUACAUGCCAAUGGUGUAUUCAGCAUGUAUAUGGACAAGUGUGACAUUCUCGAUAUACUUCUUGAGAUGCAUCGAAUCCUUCGCCCCGAAGGGGCUGUUAUAAUAAGAGAUCAUGUGGAUAUCCUUGUUAAAGUAAAAGGCAUCACAGAUCGGAUGAGAUGGAAUGCCAAGAUAUUGCACAGCGAGAAGGGGCCUUUCCACCCUGAGAAGAUACUACUUUUAGACAAUUCUGAAUAGGUAAGUUUAUGCCAACCCGUUUUCCAAACAAAAGCAAUUGAUUGUUAUCAAAUAUUCUGAAUACACCAUGUCAAGGGCACAAGGUGAUACUUUUUGAUAUAUAUAAUAGACAUACAUACAAAGUGAGAAA